AGAUGAUCUUGAAUCAAGACAGAAGCCGAUGAGUUAACGGGGUAACUUGCUGGUAAAACAGUCUGGACAAGUGGGAGCGAUGCACUGCAGAUUCAAGAAUAAGAGUGUAAACUGCAUUUUUCAACGCAGUGCAGCACUUGGCAGUAGAGUCUACAAUAAGGAACUUCAAAACUUGUUGGACCAUUGUUGGAUUUCUCGCAAACAGACAGAUGCUGCGCUCCUGCGCUGUUUCAUGCACUCAUCUCACCACGAACAGAAACCAAGAGAAGGAAGUUCUUUUCUUCCUUCCAACGGAAAUGAUCAAAAAAGCGGAAGGCCAUGGAGACAUGCCCCAGGAUAUUCUCGGCCUUGGGAGAUCAGCAGGAGAGCGAUGUUGUUUUUGAAGGGUGCAAGUGCAGCUACAUUUGCCUCCACUGCUGUUGCUGCGGCCUGUUCAUGGCAAGAAAAAUCAACGCCGCAGGAUAAUGAUGCAAUCAUCGUAACCAUUCCUAAAAUAACCGGGGAGCCAAGAAGCCUUAUUGCUCCGCAUUCCACCAUGUGUGCUGUUUCUUCCAACACCAAAUGCGAAGACAGGUCAAUCGUUCACAUCGCAGGUAAAGGUGAAAACUCGGAAAGCUAUUUUGCUGUUUAUGAUGGACAUGGAGGAUGGGAGUGUGCAGAAUUUGCUUACAACAUGCUUCCGGAUUCAAUUUCAAGCUUCCUUCCCAAGGAAGAAGGCUGCAAGAACGAUGACGAGAUGGAGUCAGCGAUCAGCAAAGGAUUUUGUCAGGUCGGCACUUGUGUUCUCCUUGCUGUGGUGCACAAGGGCGUUCUGUACAUCGCCAAUGCGGGGGAUAGCAGAGCUGUGUUGGCUCAGAAAGGGUUUGGCGGAGGUUACCGGGCGCAAAGAGUGACGACGGACUUGAAUGCUAUGAAUCCAGCCGAGCAAGAUCGUCUCCGGAGGAACCAUCCUGGUGAAGUUGAUAUUGUCCGUUGCCGUGGCCUCUACUCUUGUUACGUCAAAGGCUGCCUCCAACCGACCUACAGCCUCGGCGACGCCUAUCUCAAGUAUCCGCACUUCAACAAUUUUCCUGGGCGCGUGAUUCCGGAUCCUUACAAGCCGCCAUACAUUGAAACUAUCCCGGAGAUAACUGCUCGUCCUCUCAACAACUGCUCCCCUGGAGACUUUCUCAUCCUCGCGACCGACGGCGUAUGGGACUACUUGUCCGACCAGAAUGCUGUCGACCUUGCGCAGCGCGCGAUGACUCGAGGUGAGAACGCAGCGGCUGCGAUCGUGGAAGCGACUCUUGCCAUGGCUGCUUCUCGCUUCGGCAUCAACAGGGAGCAGUUGUCGGAGCUUCCGAUGGGUCGGCAGCGACGGUUGAUCCACGACGACGCGACAGUGAUCGUCGUCGACCUCUGGUCGGUCAGCCAGAAUCAAG